AUUGACCACACGCGGGACUCCAACUUUGGAAAAGUACGGAAACAGCGGAAACCCAGGAAUAUGUUAAAAACCUCAAGGCUCUAGAGCUUAAAGUCAGGGAUGGAGGUCUCCGAAUAAUUGUUUCACAUUUAAUGUGAACACUAGAUCAGAGCUGCCAGAGGCACCUACAGCUACGCCAAGCCCAGUGAGGGAUUGUCUUGGCCGAGAAGCAUCUGCAGAGGCUUACACUGCCUCCUGGACAUCACAAUGGCAAUGCCGCUCCCCCAGAAUCCAUCUCAGGUGCAUGCGGCUGCUGUGAAUGGAGACAAGAACACCUUACAAAGACUGAUCACAGCAGAGCCACGUCUACGGGACAGUGUGGAUCAGUUUGGGAGGACUCCUCUGAUGUACUGUGUACUGGCUGACCGCUUGGACUGUGCAGAGGUUUUGCUUAAAGCUGGUGCAGCUGUCAAUAAAACUGAUCACAGUCAGAGAACCGCACUGCACCUUGCAGCACAAAAGGGUAACGUGCGAUUCAUGAAACUCUUACUGUCGCGCCAUGCCGAUUGGCGAUUGAAGGAUCUGGAGGAAAUGACACCACUGCACCUGGCAACCCGUCACUCCAGCUCCAAACCUCUGUCUCUGCUCCUCAAGCACAUGGCACCUGGUGAGGUUGACACACAGGACAGGAAUAAGCAGACAGCACUGCACUGGAGCGCAUUCUAUAAUCAUCCUGAGCACGUUAAGCUGCUGAUCAAGCAUGAUUCAAACAUUGGAAUACCAGACAGCGAGGGCAAAAUCCCCCUCCACUGGGCGGCACACAACAAACACCCCAACGCCACACGUACAGUACGCUGUAUUCUGGAAGCUGCUCCCACGGAGUCUCUGUUGAACUGGCAGGACUAUGAGGGCCGCACCCCUCUGCACUUUGCAGUGGCUGAUGGGAAUGAGGCAGUGGUUGAGGUCUUGACGUCAUAUGAGGGCUGCAGUGUAACAGCCUAUGACAACCUGUUCAGAACACCACUUCACUGGGCGGCACUGCUGGGUCAUGCAAUGAUUGUCUACCUCCUGUUGGAGAGGAACAAGUCUGGGAUGAUCCCAUCAGACAGUCAGGGAGCUACACCUCUGCACUACGGAGCCCAGAGCAACUAUGCUGAUACAGUUGCAGUGUUUCUGCAACACCACUCUGUGCGGGAUGAGCCUGAUCUGGAGGGGAGAACGGCCUUCAUGUGGGCUGCUGGGAAGGGCAGCAAUGAUGUCAUCAUGAUUAUGUUGGACCUGAAAAAAGACCUAGACAUCAACAUGGCUGACAAGUAUGGAGGAACAGCACUCCAUGUGGCCGCGCUCUCAGGGCAUGUGUCGACUGUGCUGUUGUUGCUGGAGAAGGGAGCUAUGGUGGACCCGCUGGACGUAAUGAAACACACACCUCUGUUCCGUGCUUGUGAGAUGGGGCACCGAGAUGUCAUCCUCACACUUAUCAAAGGAGGGGCGCGUGUUGAUUUAGUAGAUAUAGAUGGUCACUCUGCACUGCACUGGGCUGCUCUGGGUGGGAAUGCUGAGGUGUGUGAGGUGCUGAUGGAGAGUGGGAUCAGUCCAAACCUGCAGGACCAUGCUGGAAGAACUCCCCUACAGUGUGCGGCAUAUGCCGGCUACAUCAACUGUAUGGCCUUGCUCAUUCAGCAUGAUGCAGACCCCAAUAUUCAGGACAAGGAGGGGAGAACAGCACUCCAUUGGUCCUGUAAUAAUGGAUAUCUAGAUGCUGUGAAGCUGCUUCUGGGGUGCGGGGCUUUCCCCAACCAUAUGGAGCAUACUGAGGAGAGGUACACACCUCUAGACUAUGCUUUGUUGGGAGAACAUCAGGAGCUGACACAGUUUUUAUUGGAGCAUGGAGCGCUGUCCAUCGCUGCCAUCCAGGACAUCGCUGCCUCAUCCAUUCAGGCACUCUAUAAGGGCUACAAGGUCAGACGGGCCUUCAGAGAACGCAAGAAGCUCCUCAUGAGACAUGAACAGUUGCGUAAAGAUGCUGCAAAGAAGAGAGAGGUGGAGCGCAGACGCGAGGCAGAGCAGCAGCUCUCACUAUCUGCAGUCAGAGUAGGAAAACUGUCUCUGGAUUCGACAGAGCCGAGUGUUGUGGUUAAAGAUACAGUACCGGUUAAAGGGCACAAACACAAGAAAACCUCCAUUUCCCAUAACAGCCAAUCACAGAGCAGGAGAGAAAAACAACAUAGAACUGAGUGUAGAACGAGGGAGGCUCAAACAGCAGAGUCUGCUCUUCCCCCGUUGACCCCUGUAAGAACAAAAAUGUUUUCAAGUUUACUAGAAGAGGUGUGUGUGAUGGGGAAAAGUGGUUCAGACACAUGCGUAUCAGUGGAAUGCAGAUCCACAUAUGAGCGCCGAUCCCCCGCAGGAUCCAGUCGACCAGGCAGUGCCAAACCAGUACACAAAGGGGCCCAUGUACCUCCAGGCCACAUGGAGACCACCACUACCCCUAAACCAGUGAUACACAUCAGACCCAGGACUACAGAGGCCUACUCUCUUUCUGAAUCAACCCAGGCCAUCUCUGCAGCUCAGACAACAUCACAACCCACAGAGAUACCUACAGAUGGCCAAAAGAGAUCAGGGUCCAAGAGGAGCAAAUCAGCCUCAGGACUCAAACCUGUAGGUACCGAUCAAUCCAACAUCUCCUACUCUGAAAGAAAUUCAGAAAAAUGUUCUGCCACCCGACAAAAAGAGAGACGAGCAGGAAGAGAGGUGGAGAAACAGAUGGAGAGAGAAAAGAAAAAGCAGUCAAGGACUGAGAGAGAAGGAGACAGGCAGAGUGACAGAGAGAAAGAGAAAUGUACAGGGAUGGAGAGAGAAAAAGCAAGAUGGAUGGGGAAAACAAGAAAAAAACAAGAAGACAAAGAGAAGGGAAAGAGGACAGAGAGCAUCCUCAGUAAAAACCAGGCAGCCAGUGUGAUACAGAGAGCCUGGAGGAGGUCACGUAUUCGGGGUCGUCUUCGUAAGGUACUGUGCAGGGCUGUAAAAGGGGUGGAGCAAAAUGAAGUUGCUGCCCUGCUGAUUCAGCUGUUGUGGGAGUGGCCUGUAUCUCAUGGUCACACCCACCAUAAAUCUGCUUCUGAAGUUCAGGCUUCUCCCACCAGGAGCAGAAGGAAAAAGAGCUCUGUGCUGCAAAAUAUCUAUGGUGGAGCCACGGCCAAAAGGGGGCACUCUUUGCGAGCUGCAGCCCUUAAAUCACAAAGCCAACUACUGCUUGACAUGUCACUCAAAACAAGCAAACAGUUGAGUGCUGUAGAGUGUGUGAACCUGGUAGACUCUGUGAUUCAGGUGAAGCAAUACUCUUACCAUUUACACCCAUCCAGUGCUAGCAACCAAAGCGGACCGAGCAAAACCAAGAACUGAGAUGAAGACUAAUUUAACUCACCUCACUGACCAACAGGCCAAAACACAUGCACAUGACCCCAAACUCUUUGGAUUUCUACAGGACACAUCUUUCCCAGACCAAUGCACUGACAAUCUAAGACAGUGAUUGCAUGCUGAAGCACUUAAAACUUGUUGGAAUGAACAUGAAGUAGAAGACCUUUAUAUAAACUACCUUAUGUCUGAUUGCAUGUUUGAGUUAUAAUAAGAGACGAGUGGGAGAAGAGCCUAAAAUGCUUGUGUGGCCAGCAGCAUCUAGGUUUACGUACAAAAUCUGCAGAUUCAUAUUGCUCAUAUUGGAGGUUAGAACACCAGAAAUAUAUUAGAUAACCUUUCAUUCUGUCAACGACAGGCCAUAUGCAGGUCGUAAAGGUGACAUACAACUUACAUAGCAAUACCAUCUGCAUGGGAGACCACAAGAGUGCUUAAUACACUUCAUGUCAUACCACAGUUAAACUGUGCUUUGUCUACAUAACCAUCAUUUCAGCCAAUUUCUUGCUAAUAUUUAAUUGCCAAAGAUCUAUGCAUUUCAUUCCUAUACUCUACUCCCACCCUUAUUUAUUGAAUGGGUAGG